AUGUCUGACCAUUUCGUCGAAGGGACAGAACAAAAACUUUCAGGCAAACACGGUUACAUUGAACAAUUCUUUAGAGUGACUCCAACAAAAAACGCGGCAUUCAUUACGAAAUUAUACAAGCAAGUAAACAAACUAUUUUCUACGAGCGCUCUUUUAACAUUUAACAGUAUGGUAGAGGAGGAGAGUACGGCUCAUUUGAUUACUUGGACCGGAUCUGGAGAUAAAUUUACAAUCUUUAAUAAUGUCGAAUUCUCCAAUAAGGUCUUGCCUCGUUAUUUUAAACACUGCAACUGGUCUAGUUUUGUAAGACAAUUGAACAUGUACGAUUUUCAUAAAAUCAACGAAAAUAACUCAGAAGGAGAUAAAUCUCCUAAAAGCAACAAUGAACAACAAAGAUGGGAUUUCAAGCAUCCUUACUUUAUGCGUCAUGGAAGAGAUCGUUUACACAAGAUUAGACGAAAAUCACCUCGACAUCGCAUUGCUAACACAGGCUGUGAAUCGUCUAAUAGCAGUAGUUCGUGUGGCAAUACUCCGGAAGAUCCAACGACUGGAUCAUUAAUCUACAACACAAGUUAUACCAACAAUGUGCAAAUGAAUGAAAACAAAGCACUUGAAGAUGUCAUUCUUCAAUUAAAAAGCACCACUGAGCAGAUCGAACUGAAGCUUGAAUCUACCACAAAUGAAGUACUCUAUCUAAGGCAAGUUGCUGCCACACAACAAAAACUUUUGAAUGACCUAUUGGGUUGUAUACACCACUUGAAAGGUGGCAAUAGAUCCCUAAACUCGGAACAGUCAAGGAAACCAACGAAAAUACAUGAGCUAUUGGAAUCAAAUAACAGUUGCUAUGGUGAUCACCCAAUCCGCUCCGAACCAUCUAGUGGGCGUGGUCACGCUAAACGCCGCAAAACUUAG